AUGGCGGCGCCCUUAAGAAAGGUUCCAUAUACGGCUUUGGCAGUAUCCAUUGCUGCUGUGAGAGAUAACAGCGAUAAAGAUGAAAUUCGAAACGCCCUGGCACCCCAAAGAAAGAAGAAGAAACGAAACCCAUUUCUUGGGGAGGACGCCGAAAUUCCAGGCCACAAGAGCGUGAACGGAUCUGCCAGUGCCUCAUCGAAAAUUAAGCCGGCUCCCUCGACAGACGGGAUGAACGCCGAAGAGGCCGUGCGCCGGGCCGCGGACUUCGCCAAUCGGGCGGCCGCCGAGGACGCGGCGGACAACUACGGCGAGGCAUUCAGCCUGUACAAGCACGCCCUGUUCCUGUACUUCUUAGCCGCCAAGGAGAUCCGCCUUGAGAGCAGCAGCUACAUUGAGCGGACCCACGAGUUCAUCCGGGCACGUGGAUGUGAAGACACAAAGGCCUUUCACACGAGCGGCGUCGUCGUUCUCGGAGAAGCCCAAGUUCGCUGGUCGGACGUCUUCGGCCUGGAGACGUUGAAGCGAGCCCUCAUGCUGAAUGUUGUGUACCCCGUCAAGCACCCCACGCUCUUCGAAGACGCCAAGCCUCUGACCAGUUUGAUGCUCUACGGCCCAACCGGCUGCGGCAAGUCCCACGUGGGCAAGGCCCUAGCCACUGAAUGCAACGACUCGACCUUCUUCUACGUCAUGUGCCAACACUUCGCCUCCAAGUGCCUUGUGGGCAACGAGAACCUGACCGUUCGCACCUUAUUCGAGAUGGUCCUGAACCACGCUCCGAGUGUCCUCUUCCUGGAUGAACUGGACGCCUUGAGUGGCUCUGGGAUGACCGGCGAGACCUCAGGGUUUUUGUACCGCGUCAAAGCGGAUUUCUUGAGUCUUCUAGAGGGACUCCUGUUCAAGAAGCAAAUCACAGUGAUAGGAGCCACCAAGUCACCUUGGGCUGUCGACCCCGCGCUGGCCCGCGUUUUUCGAAAGUGGUCGUACGUGCCGCUGCCGUCGGAAGAAACUAGGGACGCGAUGCUCCGGAGUUUGCUCAAGGAGGUUCGACACCAGUUCACAGAGGAGGACUUUACGAGCCUGGCUGUGAAGACGGAAGGGUUUACCUGCGAAGACAUUUCGCUCUCAAUAAGAGAAGCGAGGAUUGAGGUUGCGCAGAGUCUCAAGCUGGCCACUCACUUCUGCAAGGUCGAGGGAUUUAAGAGAAAUGGCGCGAUGACGAGCGCCGGUGACUUUCUGACGCCGUGUAAGCCUGAUACGCCCGGAGCUAUGAAGAUGUCCUGCAAAGACAUCCCGAAGGAAGCUCUCUUAGAGCCGGAACUUAACUUAGAGCAAUUUGACAAAGCCAUUCAAAAGUUACACCCGUCUGUAACGUCCGGAGACUUAAAGAAACUGGAAGCCUUCAGGGUGAAUCAAGAAGCCAACGGACAUUCGGUAUUGACAUUAGGCAUGAACUGUUUUCCCUCUGACUUUCAGGAAUGUGAAGCCAGGGACUCGACUGAUUCAAAUUAA